GGUCUCUCCAAGUCCCUUGGUCUCAUUGAGGGCUAUGGUGGCCGUGGCAAGGGUGGCCUCCCAGCCACCCUCUCCCCCGAGGAGGAGGAGAAAGCCAAGGGACCCCAUGAGAAGUACGGCUACAACUCCUACCUCAGUGAGAAGAUCUCCCUGGACCGUUCCAUCCCGGAUUAUCGCCCCACCAAGUGCAAAGAGCUGAAAUAUGGGAAGGACCUGCCCCAGAUCUCCAUCAUCUUCAUCUUUGUGAACGAGGCGCUGUCGGUGAUCCUGCGCUCGGUGCACAGCGCCGUCAACCACACACCCGCACACCUGCUCAAGGAGAUCAUCCUGGUGGACGACAACAGCGACGAGGAGGAGCUGAAGGCGCCGCUGGAGGAGUAUGUGAACAAACGCUACCCCGGGCUGGUGAAGGUGGUGAGGAACCAGAAGAGGGAAGGGCUGAUCCGGGCCCGCAUCGAGGGCUGGAAGGCUGCCACGGGCCAGGUCACCGGCUUCUUUGAUGCCCACGUGGAGUUCACUGCUGGCUGGGCGGAGCCAGUGCUGUCCCGGAUCCAGGAGAACAGGAAGAGGGUGAUCCUGCCCUCCAUUGACAACAUCAAGCAGGACAACUUCGAGGUGCAGCGCUACGAGAACUCAGCCCACGGCUACAGCUGGGAGCUGUGGUGCAUGUACAUCAGCCCCCCCAAGGACUGGUGGGACGCCGGGGACCCCUCCCUGCCCAUCAGGACCCCGGCCAUGAUCGGCUGCUCCUUCGUGGUGAACAGGAAAUUCUUUGGCGAGAUUGGGCUGCUGGACCCCGGCAUGGACGUGUACGGAGGGGAGAACAUCGAGCUGGGCAUCAAGGUGUGGCUGUGCGGGGGCAGCAUGGAGGUGCUGCCCUGCUCCAGGGUGGCGCACAUCGAGCGCAAGAAGAAGCCCUACAACAACAACAUCGGCUUCUACACCAAGCGCAACGCGCUGCGCGUGGCUGAGGUCUGGAUGGACGACUACAAGUGGCACGUCUACAUCGCCUGGAACCUGCCCCUGGAGAAUCCAGGGAUUGACAUUGGGGAUGUUUCUGAGAGGAAAGCCUUGAGGAAGAGCCUGAAGUGUAAAAAUUUCCAGUGGUACCUGGACCAUGUUUAUCCAGAAAUGAGGAGAUACAACAACACCAUUGCUUAUGGAGAGCUGCGGAACAACAAGGCCAAGGACGUGUGCCUGGACCAGGGCCCUCAGGAGAACCACACAGCGAUCCUGUACCCAUGCCAUGGCUGGGGCCCCCAGGUGAGGCUGUGUCCUGGUUUGGGAAGACAGGAGUCUGCUAAGGAAGGCAGGAGCCUCCCCUGAAAUGGAGAAUGUAAACCCUCCCCACCC